AUGCACCCUUAUCUCAUUUCCGAAACCACUCCUGACCACCAUCACCGAAAACUACCAAACACCCUUCAUCUCCCUCCAAACAACUCUUAUCCUAUCCCUCAUUCUUCCUUUUCACGCGCUACUGCAUCGUUUAACAUCCUCACCGUAUCUGCCAUAGCCUGCCUUCUGUUGGGUCGAACCGACAACGCGAUUAAGAAUCACUGGAACUCUACUUUGAAACGCAAGUGUUCUUCUAUUAUGAUCGAUGAAUCUCCACCGUUGAAAAGAUCUGUAAGUGUUGGUGCUGCUAUACCUGUUGGUAAUGGGAUUUACAAGAACCCUCCCACUCCGGGAAGUCCUUCUGGAUCCGAUGUAAGCGAGUCCAGUGUACCUAUAGUGAACUCUUCUCAUAUUUAUCGUCCUGUCCCUACAAGAACCGUUGCGGCUCUACCUCUCGUAGAAUCGAAAACGACGUCGUCUUCCAAAUCCAAUGAUCCUCCAACUUCACUUUCGGUAUCACUUCCUGGUAUUGAUUCUUCUUCUGAAGAUUCAAAUCGUGUUACUGAGCCUGUUACUACUAACCGCCUCUGUUCACAUCUUCUCUUCAAUCUCUUUCUCAUCUUAAUCUCUCUCAUAAUAAACUUCAUGGUAAUCUUCAAAGUCCGUUUUUUUUCAAUUCAUAACCAUCUUUUAGUUCUUGAUUUGAGUUACAAUCGUUUCUCCGGUGAACUGCCACUUUGGAAUGGAAUCAGAAAUGGCAGUGUUGUUGUUCAGGUGUUUGAUUUGUCUAGUAAUUCAUUCAAUGGAACAUUGCCUGUUUCUCUGAUUCGGAAUCUUGCUGAAGGAGAUAAGAGUUCUUCUUUGAGAUUCUUGGAUUUUUCUUCCAAUGAUUUUGACGAUGCUAUUCAGACUGGUUUAGGUGCAUGUUCUAAGCUUGUGAGAUUUAGAGUAGGUUUCAAUCUACUAUCAGGGAAUAUCCCAAUUGAUGUUUAUGAUUUGACAGGUUCUAUUCCUAAGGAUAUUGGUAAGCUUUUGAAAUUGGAAAAAUUGCUUCUUCAUGUCAACAAUUUGACUGGUACGAUUCCGCCAGCUAUCACCCUCCGUUUCCGCCACCCUUAUCUCAUUUCCGAAACCACUCCUGACCACCAUCACCGAAAACUACCAAACACCCUUCAUCUCCCUCCAAACAACUCUUAUCCUAUCCCUCAUUCUUCCUUUUCACGCGCUACUGCAUCGUUUAACAUCCUCACCGUAUCUGCCAUAGCCCGCCUUCUGUUGGGUCGAACCGACAACGCGAUUAAGAAUCACUGGAACUCUACUUUGAAACGCAAGUGUUCUUCUAUUAUGAUCGAUGAAUCUCCAUCGUUGAAAAGAUCUGUAAGUGUUGGUGCUGCUAUACCUGUUGGUAAUGGGAUUUACAAGAACCCUCCCACUCCGGGAAGUCCUUCUGGAUCCGAUGUAAGCGAGUCCAAUGUACCUAUAGUGAACUCUUCUCAUAUUUAUCGUCCUGUCCCUACAAGAACCGUUGCGGCUCUACCUCUCGUAGAAUCGAAAACGACGUCGUCUUCCAAAUCCAAUGAUCCUCCAACUUCACUUUCGGUAUCACUUCCUGGUAUUGAUUCUUCUUCUGAAGAUUCAAAUCGUGUUACUGAGCCUGUUACUACUAACCGCCUCUGUUCACAUCUUCUCUUCAAUCUCUUUCUCAUCUUAAUCUCUCUCAUAAUAAACUUCAUGGUGUUUGAUUUGUCUAGUAAUUCAUUCAAUGGAACAUUGCCUGUUUCUCUGAUUCGGAAUCUUGCUGAAGGAGAUAAGAGUUCUUCUUUGAGAUUCUUGGAUUUUUCUUCCAAUGAUUUUGACGAUGCUAUUCAGACUGGUUUAGGUGCAUGUUCUAAGCUUGUGAGAUUUAGAGUAGGUUUCAAUCUACUAUCAGGGAAUAUCCCAAUUGAUGUUUAUGAUUUGACAGGUUCUAUUCCUAAGGAUAUUGGUAAGCUUUUGAAAUUGGAAAAAUUGCUUCUUCAUGUCAACAAUUUGACUGGUACGAUUCCGCCAGCUAUCACCCUCUGUUUCCGCGUAAGUUUCUUUACAUACUCCUCAAUCAUGUAG